UGCGCCAAACCGGGAGAUAAUUACCGAGCUAAAUCCUGUUGGUCCAGAGGAAAAAAACACUUGAUGCGUGUCAGUGUAAAAGAAACGCGAUCAUUCACCGGAUAAAUCUCAUCCGUGGGAAAAAAAUAAUGUGGUUUUAAUUCAGAGUUUAUUAUCAAACUAAUCACCGAUCAUGAGAGGAGAUACAGCUUCGGAGAAUGGUGCGGAGGGGGGCGAGCAUGGAGAGCGUGCAGCAGCAGCUGAAGCUGCAUCUGGGGAAAGACGACCUAGCAUUGUGUCGCUACAGAAUAUGCUGAAGAAAGUUUCCCAAAGCCCUUUCCAUAAUCAAUACAAGACUCUUGUUUCAUCGCCCUCUGAUUCCAGUGGAUCAGCUGUGAACGAGUCUCAAAACAAACAAGACAGUGAGUUCCUUAGCGACCUCUCAGCUGCUGCUACAGAUGUGACAGACAACCACCAGGUCCACUUAGGACAGAAUGGAGUCAAUGGGGAUUUGGCCAAAGCGAACCCAUUUUAUGCGUAUUAUUUGGAAUCAGGCAGCAGUGGUCAUGCAGUGGAGGAAGGAAGCACGGAAAUUUCAGAGGAAACAGACCUCAACACCAUCUUUGUCCCUCCACCUGAAUUUCAGAGCUCGCCUCUGGACUUUCAGCCCAAAAUUAAGACUCUGGAAAAUGGAGAUGUGUUUUCUGAACCUCAAAAGGACAUAUUCCAGACCCUUACCCACAACCAUACGCAAGACUUCUUUCAGACAUCGGCAUUAGCCCAUAAUGCAUCUGCUAAUGGUCAUUUUCAUGAUGAAACCCUGAACUCCAAAGAUCUUUUCCAGGCUGUUAAAGAAGAGGAGGGGGUGAACCCCUUUGACAAAUCUCCCAGCAUUUUUGUGGACCCAUUCAAAAGUCCUUCAGAGAAGGAGGACGAUGUGUUCCAGUCUCCACAGCCUUCUGUGGUGAAUCCUUUUUAUACUCCUUCCACCAAUGGAGCAGAUUUGUUUCAAGCUGGUCCAGCUGAAAAUGGGGACCUUUUCCACAUCAACAAAAACAGACAAGAUCUCUCUACAAAAGCUAAUGGCCUUUUCGACCGCUCUUCUAAGGAAAAUCUGGAUGUAUUUUCAACUUCAUCCACGAAUGCAGUCGACCCAUUCCCAAGCCCAAUUACAAGGGAUUUAUUCCAAGAAGGCUCCAGUUUGGAAAACCCGUUUGGUGCUACUCCCUCAAAACAGUAUGACCCUUUCCAAGAUGUUUCAAAUGGGACUCCAGACAUCUUCCAACCCCUCCCCUCACAUACUAACAGCAGGGAUAUAUUUGAGAAGGCUACGUACUCUGCAUCUUCACUCAACAGUCCGUCGGAAUUGAAGCUGGACAUGCCAUCGUCACCAGAUCUCUUCAGAGCAGCGCAGUCAGAAUCUCUACCGGCCAUUCAGCCGAAGUCUUUCGACAAGUCACAUGAUAUUGUCUUGACGACUCCUCAGGGAACCAAACGAAGUAUUCUUCAGCCGACUCCCUUCAGUCAGGCCAGCAAUCUCUCUGUGUCACCCAGCCAGACCCGAACGGAAAUGACUCAUGUGCAAACCUUCAAACGUCCACCAAAGCCACUUCCUCGAACUAGACCACCCAGGCCAGAAAAGCCACCAAAACCAGAAAAGCCACCCACACCAGCAAAACCUACUGAACCUGAACCAACUGUGCCAAAGACGGCUCCUAAACCGGCCUUCAGAACGGUCCCAAAGCCAGUUAUUCGUCGCAAACCAAAAACUCCAGAAAGUAAACCAGUGAACCCUGAGAACUACGUUGUCCUUGAGGAUAUCCUGCUUAUUGGACAGGAAAGGUGUGUGGAAGACUGGCCUGAGGACAGUCCUGAGCUUAGCCCUGACUUCAAACCAUCUGGAAAAUUUCGACUACGACGAGAGUCAUUGAAGGUGAAGACGGACUCCGAUGGAGGAAGUGGUGAGGAUCAGGAUGGCUCUGGAAGUCAGAUCAAGAAAAAGGACAAGAAAUUCAGAAUGUCCCUACUCUCCAGAAGAGGCUCAAAGGAUAAGUUUCCUGAUGACACCAAGGAGGGAAAGAGCAAGACACUACCCAUCGCUCGUAAAUCAUCAAAGGACUAUUUUUCAGAAAUGCACACGGUUACAGGAGAGAAUGAAGAUGGAGAGCAGGAAUAUAAAAAAACAGCUCUGAAGACCAAAAUGAACCGGCUGCUUAGAAGAGCAUCCACCAAUUCCUCCAUGAUAGAGGGGAAGCACAUGAAUGAACAUUUACCUCAAGAAUCAAAGCUACAGGAUGACGACAUCGGUAAGAAAAGCAUCAGCAAGAAAAACUCCAUACGACGAUGGUCAGAGGGGACAGUGGUGGAUGACAGCACGGGUGAAGAGGAGGAUGGAGCUCAUCAUGAAGAGAAGAAAAAAAACAAGCUGAAAAUUAAAUUUGUGCCACACAGAGGAUUUGCCAUCACUGUAGAAAAGGCUGAUGAUGAACUGAAGGGAGCACAUGGAUAUACACCUCGUAAAGGCUCAAAGGACAAAACACAAGAUGAACUUCUCGGUGCACAUGGCUACACACCUCGUAAAAAGUCACAGGAUGAUGCUUUUGAGGAUGUAGAAGAGAUGAAAGGCCACAGUCUUCAGUCAGCCAGCAAGGCUGCUUUCAUGGAUGACAAGCACUUCCAGAAAACACACCAUUUUUCUUCUGGACUAUAUGGAGAUGAAGAUGCCUAUGGGAUGGAAGACUGCAAACCUAAGAAAUCAACAAAGAUGAAACUGCUGCACGUGGGUCGCCGAAGCCCUAAGGAGGAAAUGCUGGAUGACACCUGUCCUCAGAAGAAGAAGGGCAGCUUCUCAGCAGAGGAGUUAGACGAUGACGAAUUAAACGGGAUGGAGGACUGCAAACCGCAGAAAUAUUCCAAACAUAAAGGUCCUAAUCCUGUUCCACGCAAAUCUAAGACAACCUACAACACAGCUGGACAGAGUGAACCGAUCGGAUUCAAUCACCACACACCUCAGCAGGCAUCCAGUGAUGCCUUUGCUCAGGAUGAAAUUACAGGAAAAGAUUUCAUGAGUCCGGGAGAGAUGUCUGACAGUGAACAAGAUGAACUGGAAAGCUGCAAACCGAAAAAGUCAAUGAAACUCAAAGGCCUCAAAAAGUUCAAGGCUAAGAGCAAAGCCAUGCAUCCAGAGUACGAAGACCCUCCAGGAGCUGCAUGCAGCGACUACCUGUCGGAGGCUGCUAAGGCGGAGUGGCUGGCUGCUCAGAAGGAUGAGCAUGCUAUGGAUGGUUUUCAAGAUGAAGACGAGGAAGGGGACACUGACAGCCUGAUGGAAUGGUGGUACACUGUGGAGCAAUGGGAUGAGGUGCCGUCGGACGAUGAGAACAACGUCAUAAAGGAGGAUGAGUCCAAGUCAUUCACCAUGUUGUCGGACAAGGUUUACCGUGGCCUACGUGUCUUCAACAAGGUCUUCACAGAGCGAGCUGAGGUCCUCUGGCAGUCCAUCAUCAUGCUCCACGCCAUCGCAGAUGACAUCAACAACUUCCACCACAAAGCCAAGAUUGCCGGCAUCACGGGCGGCACCACCACAGCUGUGGGUGGUGUGACAGCCAUUGCCGGCCUGGCUCUGGCACCCUUUACGCUGGGUGCCUCGCUGGUAGUUACAGCUGUUGGUGUGGGUGUGGCAACGGCUGGUGGAAUCGCUUCAGCCUCUGCAGCCAUCUCGGAUAACGUUAACAAUAUGCACGACCGGAAGAAGGUGGAGACAGUACUGCAGGAGUAUGAGGCUCACCUGCUGGACAUUGGUAAGAUCCUGCACUUUGUCAAUCAGGGCUUGUACAAACUUCGCGGCCAUCCUUUCCUCCGGUCUGGCACCCAACACUACUCAGAGGACUGGGAGAUCCGCAGGGCUGUCCAGAUGAUCAGCUUAGUCGACUCGCCGGUGAUGCGAGCAACUGAGGUAACAGACACAGCUGUAGCUUCAGUGCAAGGACUCUUCAAAGGCAUAGACAAAUACUUCAUCAAGGACUCCCGUGAGCUAAAGAAAGGCUGCAAGAAAGAGAUGGUGGGUCAAAUAAAAGAGGUGGCAAAUGUGCUGAAUGAUGGAAUAGUGGAGCUCAAUGCAAUCAGAGAGGAGCUGCUGGAGGCUACAGGAAACAUGUGAGAAAUAUGCUGCCCCCUCCUGGCUAAAUAAGGGAACUGUUGAUUUGAGGAAUCCAUGUAGAGAUUUGAACAGCAGACUCUGGACAUUAUCAGAAUUGUAUAGUAUAUUCAAAUCUACUGCAGUAACGUGAAGCUUAUAAUGGUCACGUUUGUUGUAACUUUGUCAGAAAGGUGUUCAACUCUGGUUUCUUUUGAGGCUGUAUAUUAUUCUGGUUGGAUUUGUAUUAUAAAAUGUUUACAGAUGUUCUCACAGGGACCGGGCAAGAUAACACAAUACCUUUUUAUUUGUGCACUUUAUGCAUUGUUCUGUGGUUCAAGGGUGUAUAUUUAAGGUGUAUAUGAAUGCAGCAUUUUGCUCACAGAUUAGUCAAUUUUUAAAUGACUACCAGUUUAAUUCCACCAAUUAUGCACGAGGAGCACAAAUUAUAAACAACUCCUUACAAUACAGUGCAGUCCAAUAGAGCAAUACCUCAAAUUCAUGAUCGAGUUUCAUAACAAUUUCUCUGACAGUCCCAACAAAAAUGUGUAUAAGUUCACAAAGGUAGUAUUUCUUGUAGGGUUGUUUUAUUGAGCUGUAUUAUAAUGUCAGUGGUUCUCAUCAUUUUAUCCAGUCCAUGUAUUGGAUAUCAGUGGAAUGAAGCAGGUAUGAGUUGUUGAAAAUCUACAAUGAGACUCACAAAGAAGAAACUGUGAUUUUCCUUAUGGACUUUGUAAGAUUUAUGUAAAUGUAUUUGUUCAUGUUUGUAGAUACUGUUAGAAUAUGUCUGCCUGAUUAAUUUUAACCACCAUAAAAUACUAUUUAAAUAUUUUUUUAAAAAAAGCUAAUUAUUCACUGAUACUCAAAUUUUCAGUGACCACUUCUGGUCUUACUAGAUGACACUGCUGCCUUUAUUUUAUCUGCAUUAUACUGUCAGUGCAUCUUCCUGCUUUAUUGCCUGAACAGAAUGAACCUGUACAAGUCUUAAAAUGGUCUAUUUUGGUAUAAACAUAUAACUGAAUCUAUGAAUAAAGACUGUUUAGAAACAUG